UCUCGACCCCCCUCGCUAACGGGCUCAGCUCCCAUCACACACCCAUAAGCCCGUCCGUCUGUCGCUCUGCCGUCAGGCGCUUGUGCUGUGCCGGACUCGUUAUGUGAUGUGCCGCUUGCUCUUCUUCUUCUUCUCCCUUGACUCUCAGCCGGCAUUUGGUCGUCACACCGUUUCUCGGUCUCCCCCUUGCAUCCCUGCCCAUCGCAUCACCGGCCAUCUCAUCGGGCACCUCCACGUGAAGGUGAAGGCCGUCAAUCACCAAAUCAAUCCACCUCCCAUCACAAACCAGGCUCAGGCACACGAUGCGGGAGCUAAGAAAGAACCCAGUAAACAGACCCUUGUCCGCAAAAGCCGUUCAUCUCAUCACUCCGGCCCAAUAAGAAGCGCCAUCUCGUAAACUAGUGAUUUCCCUAGUGAGCGAGCGCCUAGCGAAUCGAAAGAAGCAGAAUGCUAGUGAGAGAAAAAAAAAAAGCGGGAGAUGCA